AUGGGUUCAAUGAACUGGUUAGGCUUCUCCCUCUCCCCUCAAGAACAACACUCCGACCACCAUCACGGCGGCGUCGGUGGCGGCGUCGACGGCGAUGGUCCUUUCACCUCCGACAACAUCUCCGGCUCCGCCGUCUGUUUUGACAAUCUCCCCUCUUCCUACGGCGUCUAUGAACCCUUCCACCGCAAUAAUCACUCUCAAGAUUGGAACAAUCUUAAGGGUUUAGGGUCAGCUCAAAGUUCGGAUUUUUCUGCGUUAAUCGAAACCCAACAGCCACCAAAGCUUGAAAAUUUCCUCGGCCACCACUCUUUCACCGACCACGACCACGCCGUCGUCUACACCAAUGCCUCCGGCAACUACAUGUUCCAAAAUUGUUCCUUGGAGCUUCCAUCUGAUCCGGCAAACUGCGGCGGCGGUGGAAAAACCAACGAUAACGCCAAUAACAACGGUAGCUCUAUUGGGUUGUCUAUGAUGAAGACGUGGUUAAGAAAUCAACCUGCGCCGCCGCAAGCGGUGGCGAAGUAUGGCGGAGAUCACGACGGUGCGGUUAGAUCAGGUAAUAUCACAAACGCACAUAGUUUAUCGCUGUCGAUGAAUACUGGACCACCGGCGGCGGCUCUGCCACUUUUGACGGCAAACGGUGGCGGAAGUGGCGGCGAAAGCUCCUCCUCCGAUAACAAACAAGCUAAAUCAGCCUCUGCGGAAGUGGACGGUGAAAACGGCGCCGUUGAAGCUGUACCUAGAAAAUCUAUUGACACAUUCGGCCAAAGAACUUCCAUAUACCGUGGUGUAACCAGACAUAGAUGGACGGGAAGAUACGAAGCUCAUCUAUGGGACAAUAGUUGCAGACGAGAAGGACAAACAAGAAAAGGAAGACAAGUCUAUUUGGGUGGCUAUGACAAAGAAGAAAAGGCUGCAAGAGCCUAUGAUUUAGCAGCUCUUAAAUAUUGGGGCUCCACCACCACCACCAAUUUUCCAAUUAGUGAUUAUGAGAAAGAAAUGGAAGAUAUGAAGCAUAUGACAAGGCAAGAAUUUGUAGCGUCUCUAAGAAGGAAGAGUAGUGGGUUUUCUCGUGGAGCUUCCAUUUAUCGUGGCGUAACGAGACACCAUCAGCACGGGAGAUGGCAAGCGAGAAUAGGGCGAGUUGCUGGGAACAAAGAUCUCUACUUGGGAACUUUCAGUACGCAAGAGGAAGCAGCAGAAGCAUAUGACACGGCGGCGAUAAAGUUCCGGGGACUAAAUGCGGUGACCAACUUUGAUAUGAGUCGUUAUGACGUUAAAGCCAUUCUCGAAAGCAAUACAUUACCUAUCGGUGGUGCUGCGAAGCGUUUAAAAGAUAUUGUUCACUCUGAUAUUGAUCCACAACGAAGCGACGAGAACAUAACUUCACAUCUCUCCGAUGGAAUAAUCACCGCUGCUGCCGCCCCUUACGGUGGCGGCGGAUGGCCAAGUCUUGCCUUCCACCACCAUCCGUACGCCUUCCACUACCCGUACGCCGCCACACAGCAACGACUAUGGUGCAAGCAAGAGCACGACGCCACCGUCGCUGCUGCAGACAACUUCUUCCCACACGGCGGAGCCAUGGACUCAAUGGAUCAUGGGGUUUACAGCGGUGGCGGAAGCGGAGACGGGUACGGCGGGAACUUUCUGAUUUCGAUGGCGGCGACGGGGGCGGAAGCUGGGAGCAGCAGCAGCAACAACAAUGGUGGUGGGUUGGGAGAAAUUGGAGAAGUGAAUUUGUUUGGAUGUUCUUCUAACGUGGAUGAUCCAUACCAUGCAACAAGAACCACCACCAAUUUGUACGAUUAUAACAAUUCCUCUCAUCAGCUGCCACCGCCCACGACGGCGCUACAGCAAUGCAACAACUGGCUUCCACCAGCCAGGACGGUUUGUCACGGCGGAGCUCCGCCGCCUUUCACCAUAUGGAAUGACACUUAA